UUUUUUCUCGGGAAUUCGUAAACGGUGCGAAGCCUUUGCGAGGAAUUCCGGCUCCUGGGCUCUGUUUGUUUUCGCGGGUGAGUUGUGACGCGAUUGGUCGGCGGGUCCCCGGUUCGCGACCACGUCCAGUGCUACGCAGUCGGACGAGCGGAACCGACCGACGGGAACACACGUGAAAACGCCCGGUUGUUUGUUUGUAAACAAAGGAGCUGAAGCGGCUGUCGACCGGCGUUUUUCCGCUGUCUUGAAUCAGGUUCCAAGGCGACAUGUCCUCGAAGACCGACGCAACCGGAACUCCGACGGGGGGCCCCGAAUGAGUCGCGGCUGAGGACCCGGCGCGCGAUGGAGUCCCGGCCGCUGGGGGCGGCAUGCUGCCGGCGCCCCACCCGGAAGUGAUCGUGCAGUCGCCCUCCCCGGAGGCAGAGCCCUCUCCGCCGCGCUCGCCGACGCCCGCUCCCGCUCCAGCGCCUGAGCCGGAGCCGGGGCCGGGGCCGAUGAUGGCCGAGGCGGAGCCGCCGAGCGAGGCGCCGCAGGAGGCCCCGCACGCCCACGCCGAGCCCGUCCACGGCGGACACACCAAGACCCUCGUCGCCAACCUCGCCGACCGCGACCGCGAGGAGGCCUCCAUGCCGAUGCCCCUCCCCAGACGUCCCGCCCCCUCAGACUCCGAGGACGACGAGGAACUCAACGAUGCUCCAGUUCGAAACCGUGGUGGAGGUGUGGGGGCGACAGCGGUGUCAGUGGGGGGCCCCGGAGGCGGAGGUGGAGGCGGCGGCGGAGGCGGACUAUGGGGCCCCAGCCGGCCAGGGAGCCCGGCAGCGGACAAUGCCAGCGACACCUCCUCCGUCAUGCCGCCCCUCCCUACAAGGCCAAAGUCCCGCGCCGACGCCAAGUAUAAUAACCUCUCAUACUGGCGCGCCAGAAAGGUUAUAUUCUUCAAGAAUGGGGACCCGUAUUUUCCGGGCUUCGAGUUGCGUUUCCGGCCCGGGCGCGAUAUCAGCACGCUGGAGGCCCUCCAGGACAAGCUCUCGCUCCGGCUGGACCUACCCCGCGGUGCCCGCUACAUCUUCGCCAUGGACGGCCUCCCGAUCACCUCCUUGGAGGAACUCGAGGACGGUGCUGCCUACGUCGUGUCUUCCUACAAAACUUACAAGAAUGCGUCGUACGGGAAGAAAGUAGGCGGAGUGUGGUACACGGCGCCAGUGGUGGGGGCUUCGCACGGGCAGGGAUGGAAUAAGACGCCGACGAUGAGCAGGAAGCAGUCCCUCGUCGACUCGGAGCUCCCGCCGCCGACGGGUGGCCCCCCCGGGAAGCCCGGCUCCGGCCGCGUCAUCCGCAUCAUCAACAACAUGGACCACACUGUUCAGUGCCGAGUUUUGCUGAACUUACGCACGAUGCAGCCUUUUGAGGAGGUUUUAGAAGAUUUAGGACAAGUUUUGAAGAUGAAUGGUGCCAAGCGAAUGUAUACUGUUUCCGGUCAAGAGGUGCGGAGUUUCUCGCAGCUGCGGAACGAGUUCUCGGACGUGGACACGUUCUAUCUGGGCGGGGACCGAGGCGGGGGCGGUGGAGGCGGCGGAGGUCUGCGGUCGCCGGUGAUGCGGAGGUCACGCUCGCGGGGGGCCUUGGCGGCAGCCCCGGUCCUCGUCGAGCCCUCCGGCGGUCCCUCCACCCGCCAACGCCGCGCCCGCAGCAAGAGCAGGCCCAGGGUCCUCUACGACCCUGAACCCACCGUCGUUAGGGCCAAUUCAGAUUAUACUUUACUGGAAGUUCUGAAGGAAGAACCGCUGAGGGUAACAAUACAGGGAAUGCGGCGAACAUUCUAUCCACCAUUACACCACGCUCCUGCGGACAACACACCACCCGAAAAACGGCUUCUUCUCGACUGGGUAUACGGGUACCGCGGCGUGGACACACGGCGGAAUCUAUGGGUGCUGCCGACAGGGGAGUUGCUGUUCUGGGUGGCUGCCGUGGCAGUGCUGUACGACCGGGACGAGGAACAGCAGCGGCACUACAUCGGGCACACAGAGGACAUCCAGUGUCUGGAUCUCCACCCCUCUCGAGAGAUGGUCGCCUCCGGCCAGCGCGCCGGCCGCACCCGCAAGACCCAGGCUCACAUCCGCAUCUGGAGCACCGAGAGCCUUCUCACCCUCUACGUCUUCGGCAUGGGCGAGUUCGAGAUAGGAGUAUCAGCGGUGGCGUUUUCGCAGCUGAACGGCGGUAGCUACGUGCUGGCGGUGGACGGGGGCCGAGAGCGGAUCUUAUCGGUGUGGCAGUGGCAAUGGGGGCACCUCCUGGGCAAGGUGGCCACCCUCCAGGAGGACGUCUCCGGCGCAGCCUUCCACCCCCUUGACGACAAUCUCAUGAUCACCCACGGCAAAGGCCACCUCACCUUCUGGACGCGCCGCAAAGACGGAUUCUUCGAGAGGACCGACAUCAUCAAAGCGCCCUCACGGACGCACAUCACAUGCCUGCAGUUUGAACAAGAUGGUGACGUAGUAACUGCUGACAAUGACGGGUUCAUCACAAUCUAUUCAGUCGACAGCGAAGGCGCCUAUUUUGUCCGCUUAGAAUUUGAGGCACAUAAUAAAGGGAUCAGUUCAAUUAUCAUGCUCUCAGAGGGUACACUACUAUCUGGCGGAGAGAAGGACCGAAAAAUAGUGGCGUGGGACUCAUUGCAGAAUUACAAGAAAAUUACAGAGACCAAGUUACCGGAGACCGCUGGCGGUAUCCGAACAAUUUAUCCUCAGCGCCCUGGUCGAAAUGACGGCAAUAUUUACGUUGGAACAAUCAAAAAUCAUAUCUUCGAAGGAUCGCUACAAAGGCGGUUCAAUCAGAUCGUGUUUGGGCACAGUCGGCAGCUUCUGGGAUUGGCAGUGCACCCUGAUGACGAGCUUUUCGCCACGGCUGGAACCGACAAAGCCAUCGCCCUCUGGAGGCGACACAAAUUCCUCUGGACUACUCAGGUUGCGUUUGAGUGCGUGUCACUCAGCUUCCAUCCAUUUGGGGUGGCGCUGGCUGUGGGUUCGACAGAGGGUCACCUCCUCAUCAUGUCUGCUGAGAAUGGAGCCACCGUCUCCACUGUCAGGGUCUGCGGCUCGCCACUCAAUUGCUUGGGAUACAAUCCUGCCGGCGACAUGAUAGCGAUCGGUUCCCAAAAUGGAAGCGUCUACUUGUUCCGAGUGAGCCGGGAUGGGUACACAUACAAGAAGUCCAAUAAAAUUCGGGGCGGGCACCCGUUGAUUCAUUUGGACUGGAGCUCGGACGGAAAUCACCUUCAAACCGUGACCGCCGAUUACGAUCUAGUCUUUUGGGACGUAAGAACUUUAACCGCGGAGAAGAAUCCUGUAACAAUGAAAGACACAAAAUGGUAUACGCAUAACUGUGUUAUUGGAUUCAUGGUCGCAGGAAUAUGGAACAAUCGCUACUACCCGAUGACGUCACUCAUCUCAACAGUGAACAGGUCGGCGGCCCAUGACCUCCUCGCCACGGGCGACACGGACGGAUACCUCCGAUUGUUCCGGUAUCCUUGCCUGAGUCCGAAAGCGGAAUAUAACGAAGAGAAGGUAUACAGCGGUUCUGUGACAUCAGCCAGGUUUCUGUACAACGACCGAAACGUGGCUACGGUCGGCGGCACCGACGCCUCGCUCAUGCUCUGGGAAGUCGUCGAUGACUAAACGAAACACUAGUCGUCGUUCGCCUGCAAAAGACAGGGACGCAACACGUAACACGAGUCAUCGUUCGCCUGCAGGAGUCAGUGGCACAACGUGCAACACACAAUUCUAAUUACUUCCGGAUCAGAGAAAAAUACAACUUCCAAGAAGUGUCGUCGUUCGCCUGCAAAAGACAGGGACGCAACACGCAACACGAGUCGUCGAUCGCCUGUAGACGCCAGUGAAACAACGUGCAACACACAACCUCGAAGAGUCGUCGUUCUCCUGUAAACGUCAGGGACGCAACACGUAGUAGCGACUCGAUUCAACUCGAAGGAAAGACAAGCGAUGGUGAUGGCUGGUGAAAGUUUUGCGGUCAUUUGAGUGUCAUUUGAUGAAACAGCCAACCACGACGAGAUGAUAUUUUUCACUUUCAUUAAGGCAUAAUACGACACAGCGCAACCAACCAAAAUUUUCAGCACGUAAGCCCUAAAAAUGGUUAGGAUUUUUUUUUUUUUUAAAUUUAAAAAAAUAGUUUUGGAUUUAAAGACAAUUUUAUUUAUUUUUUAAACUGAAGAUGACUUUCAUUUCUGAGGAAACAUUUGUUUUAAUUCAAAUGAAGUUUGUCUCCAGGUAAUUCUUGGAAAAUUAGAUUUGAUAUCAAAGAAGAAGUUACAUUACAUAUUCUGAACCACGUGUUUUCCUCAAGAUCAAAGGCUGUUUUUUCUUUUGAAUGGAAAACACGCUUUUAAAUGAUGCAAAUAAAAUGGGCAUAUGAAGAGAGAGCAUUUGUAAAAAACGAUUAUUUUUCAAAAACUACGCUGCUCUAAAAUAAAAUAACGCGGUAAAGCUACAGCAUUACUAAAACGCAUGAUAGAAUCGAAAAAUUGAAGGCCUCAUUUUUUCUGAUGCAUGCACAAUGAGAUUAUUGCAAUCAUGCAUCAAAAAUAAUUGUGAACAAUUUUUAAAAGUGGUAUAUUUCGAAUCAAUCACUUUCUCUGCACUAAACGGUUGUAUAACACUAUCCCCAGCAUAACUGUAGAGUGAUCAUUUAAAAAACAGAGAAUAAGAAAAAUUUAAACCAAAAUUGUUACCAAAAGGUUAGUCGAUCAAUUUCAACAGCACAGGGGUGGCUAAAAUCUAAAACACGAGUUUGUUCUUCUGUCUGCGCCAUGCAAGUAAAGUGUACUUUUAACGAAAAUUGACCGAUUUUAAACUUCUCGGUACCCUUUUUAGCUUACUUUUCCCAUUCAUAUUACUUUUGAGCCACUUGCAUACGGAAUUUAGGCGCGGAAUUACUAGGGUGCAUAUCUCUACUGAAACAGAGUGAUGAAUUCUCAAGAGACUGUCGACAACGAAACAACCAUUCACUUGCCCUUACACAUUUUUGCCUCUCAUGUAUUGCCUAUAACCACGGGAAAGCAUUUGAAAAUUGCUAUCUUCAAUUUGAAGAUUUUUGGAACCCACUCUUAGUUCUUGUUUUUUUGUUUUUUUUUCCUACUCGUGUAUCUCUAAUGAGUUUGGUGGUUAUCUCUUCCAUUUCCUUCAUGUGCGCGUCGCGGCUCGUGAUAAAAUUGCUCCAUGUAAGCAGGCUUAAAAGAUAAUCUGGAAAUUCUGAAUAUUAUAUCUCUGAGAGGCUGUUCCAGAAUAUUAUCACUCUUGGAGGUUUUAUCUACGAAUUGUUAAAAAAUUACGCGACGAUAAAGAAGUAACUUUCAUAGCACAUGCAAUUAAUUCUGAGGAUAAACACUGUGAACAGCCUACAAAAUGAGAAAGGUCUCAAUGCAUGGAAGUCCUUGAUUUUAGCUAUGUUUACUCGUUUUUCAUUAAAAUUGAAAAUAAUCAGAAAAGCAGUGUGGUCGUGGAAUUGACGAAAUAAGAAAUCUGUGUUGUCAGAAAAAAUACAAAGAAGUUUGAUGUAUUGCCUACUUCAUCCUCGUAAGUAAAAUUCACAAGAAUGUAAAAAUUAAUAACCUCGAUUAAACCUCUUUCACAAGUAUUUUGGAAGUAAUCUAGACACUUUGAAAGUUACGUUGUGUAUCACAAUAAAAAACUUUCAUUUAACUUCGAAAGAGAGGCUCUUUCUCAUUGAAUUGACGAUCUAAAAACACAAGGUGCAAAACCUAUUGGUUAAGCCAAAAAGUUACGAAUCCAUAUUAUUAUAAUUUUUAUAAAAGAAUGAGCUUGACUUUUUUAUUUGCUUAAAGUAACAAUUUAUUGCGUUCAGAGCCAAACGUCUCAUUUUGAGAGAAUUAUACAGAAGUAAGAACAAUGUAGGGAAAAACAAAUUACUGCCAAGUUUAAAAGAAUAUGGAUCUGAUGUAUCCUUUAAUCUAUUUGAAAUUAAUCAGAACCCUUCAGUUGAACGCAAGUCUAGGAUUUGAAAUAUGCCAAUAACACAAUCUUCCGCCAGAGGGCGGAAAGGGCACCUGCUUUGUGAAUUGCAUGUUUUGAGCUGCGCAUAAAUUUUGCAUGAUACUGAAUUGUGAAAUGUUUGGUUAAUUUUUGAGAGUUUAUUGCAAAGAAUCAGAGUUUAUUUAUAAUGUUACGUAAUGAUCUGCCUUUACUGUAAUAAUUCGAAUAAAGCUACGCGUACAAAUUAAAUA